CUUCACAGAUCUCCGCCGGAGAUCGGCCUCACGUCGAUCGCCGAGAAAUUUCUUCUUUCUCCCCCCUAAUUCCUUUCUGUCUUAUGAAGAUUGUCGACCCCAAGAAGCUGUUACCUCCGGAUCCGCCGGGUGAGGUUGUGGAAAUUGCUCUCGGCUUGGAUUCGUCUUCCUCGUCUGCAAUCCCUCAGAUCUCUUCGUCUCAAGCUCCAGCGACUCAGAUCUCUUCGUCUCCGGCCCCAGUUACUCAGAUCUCUCCGCCUCUAGGUCCUGUAGCUCAGAUCUCUUCGUCUACAGCUACGGCUGUUCAGGAUCCUUCAUCGAUUGCUAUAGUGUCUCAGAUUCAUGAUUCCAAGUCCUCGCUUCCUGAAGCAAUUCCUUCUACCGCGGCUCCUUCUUACGCUCAGCGGUUCAAGGCUUCGCUAAGGAAUCUCAGAAAAAUUCACUCGCCGGUGGUUCUAGAAGAUGGAGCCCCAGUUGUUCAAGCCCCAGCCUCAGUCUUGCUAAGAACAGCGGACCAAUGGAAGGGUCACAUAGUGGCUAAGUUCCAUGGAUUAAUUCCACCCUCGUCGAAGAUUUACUCGGAUUUGAACCCAGCCUGGGGGAAGUUUGGUAAUAUAGUCGUCCGAGCAGUCUCUGAUACUUCAUGCCUCAUAUUGAUUCCGUGCUUGUCUACUCGGGAAUGGGUGCUUCAAGUGGGAUACUGGCAGGCAGGUAAUUGUGCCUUCAACGUUUAUCCGUGGUCGGCUGAUGGUUCUUUGGAAAUGCACGACCUAGAAACAGCUCCAACUUGGGCGGUCUUGGAGAAUGUCCCACCGCAGAUGUAUUCCUUAGAUGGAAUAAGUGUUAUAGCAAGUGCGAUAGGAGAGCCUCUUCACACCGAAAAAUCCCGCCUUGAUCCAUACUAUUUUGGCAAUACCAAGGUGAAAGUGGAGAUUUCCCUUGACGUUGCUCCUCCGACGGUUAUCAUCGUCAAAGAUAAUCAAUUGAACUCAGUAAAGGUGAAGGUGUCAUAUCCGAGGCUUCCCCCGAAGUGUUGCAAUUGUUUAAGAUUUGGACACUUGCUAAAUCGGUGCCCAAAACCUUUGAUGAAAAGACAACGGGGUAGUGAUGCAGUCAAGGGGUUGACUCCAAAGGGAACUGCUGUUGCAAACACUAAUACUUGUCUGGCUGACAAGGGUGGUAGUUUAAAGACGGUAGAGAUUGGUGAUUCUAGUGGUGAGAAUCGGUCUCAAUUGUCAGCGAGUUCUAAGAGAUCAAACAAGAGAACCAAGGCACGAGCUGCAGCGAGAAGGAAGUCUAAGGAGAGGAGUAGGAGUAACCCUCAUGUGGACAGAGUUGUGGCUCAUAAGCGGGAUGAGUUGAUGUCCGUUAAUACUCAGGAGUUAGUGAAAAAGUGGAUUAAGGAGAGUCAGGAGAGGAAGGUUAGUGAUUCUCAGAACGGGUCUGGUGAAUCAAAGAUUGAAGUGCUUAAUGACUCUGUGCAAGAGUGGACUGUUGUUGGUGUGAAAUCCAAAGGCAAAGGAAAAGCUAAGGAAAAAAAAGGGAAUAGCCACAACAAGAAUUCUUUUGGUGAUUUGAAUAAAGGUAUUCCGGGGAUGAAAAGCUCGAAGAAGCUUGCAAAGCUAGAGGCAAAGAUGAUGUUUGUAAAGAAGCCAGCAAGGGAGCCUUACAAGAAGAAAAGUGCCAGUAUAUCCCCUAUUGACUCGCCAGUAGUAUCCUCAGGAUUGAAUGGCCACUCUCGCCAGAGUUUUUUGAGAAGUUGGAUAGUGAAGAAUAGGCCUUCCCUGGGGUGUAUUCUGGAAACGCAUGUCUCUGAGGAGAAUGCAAGUCAGGUUUUGCGGUCUACCUUCCCUGGUUGGAGAGGGGAGAUGAAUUACCAGCUCGCUGAGAAUGGAAGAAUUUGGGUUAUUUGGGAUCCGGCUAUCUCAGUAAUUUGCUUCCACAAGUCGGCGCAGUGUAUGUUGUGUGGAGUGUUUGUUCCAGCAACAGGGGAAAGUUUUUCUGUGGCAUUUGUGUACGCCUUUAAUACAGUGGUUGAGAGACGUGAUCUAUGGAGGGAGCUGACCAAUAUUGUCCAGAACUCUCCAGCUAAUCAGAGACCAUUGGUAGUUAUGGGGGAUUUUAAUCAAAUAUUAACUGCAAGUGAGCAUUACUCGGUUUUACCUCAUCACUUGCCUCUUGCAGGCAUGAGUGAGCUUCAGACUUUUUUGGGGGAUAAUGAACUGGAUGAUUUGCCUAGUCGAGGAGUUUUCUUUACUUGGUCUAAUGGUAGACAGGAAGACCCCAUCAUAAGGAAACUUGACAGAGUGGUAGUGAAUGAGUCUUGGAGGGAUUCUUUCCCAGAGUCACUUGCUGUGUUUGAUCCUCCUGGGGAUUCUGACCAUGCCCCAGCUUUAGUGUCUUUGAGUUCCACUAUUGAAAGGAGUAAAAAGGCAUUCAAAUAUUUUUCCUUCUUGUCUACUCACCAUAGAUACAAGGAGGUUAUCCGGACUGCUUGGCAUCAGGAGGUGUCUGUGGGAUGUAAGUUGUUUACCUUUGGGCAGAAAAUGAAAAAAGUGAAGGCUGCUUGCAGGGAGCUAAAUAGGGAGGGCUUUGGAAAUAUUCAGCAGAAAACAAAGGAAGCGUUGGCUCAGUUAGAACUUGUUCAAGAGGAGUUGUUGAGUAACCCGUCUGAUUCCUUGUUCAGGGAGGAGUUUGUUGCAAGAAAAAAGUGGAACUUCUUCGCUAAAGCUCAGGAGACUUUCUACAUGCAGAAGUCAAGAAUUAGGUGGACUAAGGAUGGGGAUGCAUGCACUGCUUUUUUCUUUAAAUCAGUCAUUGCUAACCAGGGGAGAAAUUCAAUAAAAUAUCUGAGAGGGGAUGAUGGUGAGAGGAUUGAAAAUUCAGAUCAGAUAAAGAAUAUGCUUCUCUCCUACUAUAAAAAUCUCCUUGGCACAGAAAACUCAGGAGUUACUCCGCCUUCUGUUGAGGAUAUUAAGAAUCUGCUUCCCUUUAGGUGUGACUCUUCUUUAGCCUCUCAAUUGUUGAAGGUUCCGUCUAUGGAAGAAAUCAGAGAUACUGUUUCUACUAUGCCGCGGAGAAAAGCUCCUGGUCCUGACGGUUUUCCAGUGGAAUUCUUAUGGGAAUCUUGGGAACAGGUGGGGAAGGAAACAGUGGAGGCAGUUCAAGAAUUCUUUAUGAAUGGUUAUCUACCAAGGAUCUUCAAUGCUACUGCUAUUACUCUGAUUCCUAAGGUUCAAGGGGCAGAUACUUUAACCCAAUUUCGUCCUGUAUCUUGCUGCACUACUGUAUACAAGAUCAUUGCGAGACUCCUGAAGAAUAAACUCAAGUUAUUCAUCUCUGAUGCAGUCCAAGGAAGCCAGGUGGGCUUUGUUCAAGGUAGACAUUUAUGCGAGAAUGUACUGCUUGCUUCUGAGUUGGUUUCGGACUUCCAUGCUUCUUGAAUCACUUCUAGAGGCUGUCUUCAGGUGGAUUUGGCAAAAGCAUAUGAUAACCUGAAUUGGCAAUUCUUGGAAAAUGUGCUUAAUGCCAUCGGGCUGCCAGAUAAAUUUGUGGGUUGGCU